AUGACUUCUAUAUCCCCAGAAAGCCUCCUCUCCGCACUCGAAACCAUCGCAUCUAAUCCGCCCGCUUCACUCCUAGAAAACCACGUCCUGAAAACAAAAUUACGUCUUGCAGCUCGAGAUUCAUCGCCUGUUUUAGAAACCCCUGCUGAUGCUCUUGCGAGAGUAUUGCUUUCUCAGCACGUCUACUCUGCUUUCGGUGCGAUUAAAGAGAAUGGACAGUACUAUAUGCUGUCUUCUUCCUAUGCAUUAUUUGCAGACUCGACCUUCACAAAGGAAGUCGUGACUUUUGCCGAUUUUCUGGGUCCAGCGUACUUGGCCUUGCCUAGAUUCCUCGCGGAUAGAAAAUAUAAGAACCCGACGGAUCCGCAGAAUACUGCGGUGCAGACUGCGUUUCAUUAUCAAAAUAAAGAUUUAUUUGGGAUUCUUAGAGAGAAUCCCGAUACUGCGCAGGGGUUUGCAACGCUGAUGAAUACCUGGGCGUAG